AUGCCAAAUCGGGCCAUCAAUUUGGAGAACAUCACCAGUGUGGGUGUGCGGGGUGCAGAGUGUGCCGUUGUUGCCACCCAGAAGGCGCAAACGGAUCAGUUCGUUGUGGGGUCGACAGCCACCCAAAUGUUUACCAUCAGCAAUGAAAUUGGUUGUGUGAUGACCGGUCGCAUUGGCGACUCACGGGCCCAGGUGGCUACGGCCCGCUACGAGGCGCGACUGUUCCAAACUAAAUUUAACUUCGAGAUGCCAGUAAAUGCGUUGUGUGAUCGCCUGGCCGACAUCAUUCAGGCGUACACACAAAUCGGUGCGAUUCGUCCACUUGCCUGCUCCAUGAUCCUCAUUUCGUGCAAUGAUGAAGUUGGUCCCUGUGUCUACAAACUGGAUCCGGCUGCCAACUAUAGCGGUUAUCGUGCCUGCGCUACGGGUGCCAGGAUGACAGUGGCCCAACGAUAUUUGGAAUGCAACUACAUGAAUAAUAUGUGCGAGAUGAAGGCCAUUAAUCUCGCCAUUCGUACUUUGAAGGCGGCCACGCCCAAUAAACUAAAUGCCGAUGGCAUUGAAAUUGGCCUUUUGAGCAAGACACGUCCCACAUUUCGCACUCUUGUCCCGGAUGAAGUUAAGUUUCAUUGUAAAUACAAUUAA